AUGGACCCUAUUUCGGCCUUUGGGCUUGCCGUCAACAUCCUGACUGUCAUCGAUCUAUCGGUGAAGGUAAUCUCGACUGCCUCUGAAAUCCGAAGCUAUGGAGAGUCAAUCGCAACCAGAAACCAGGCUACAGUGGCCCAACAUCUUAAGUCUCGAUGUGAAGAGCUCAUCAAGUCAUCCAAGACAACGCCCGAACAUUCCGAUGGAUCCAUUCAUGAUGCUAUACCCACUGAAGAUGAUGUGGCAUUACGCCAACUCGCUGAAGAAGCCGAUGCUAUCGCUCAGGAUAUUCAUCGAGGUUUGGUGAGACGGCAGAAAGGCCAGCCACUCAGGAAGACUCUUCGUGACGCCGUUCUGAGUGUUUGGAGGGAGCGGGAGAUGAAAGAAAAGACGGAGCGACUCAAAGACAUGCGCUCUGAGAUUCAGUUUGAGUUGAUGAUGUCCAUCAAGGCUAGUGUCGAUGCCGCCGCUACGGGAAGAGACCAUAGCUUUCCGACGCUCGACGACGCUACGCAACAAAUCAUCGCAAUUCUUUCAUCGGACAAUGAUACCAUCCGGUCUGACAUGGAAAGACGCGUCAGAAAUCUCAAUGAGGGGGUGAUGAGUCACUUUGAGCAGGUCUCGCACUUGGCUAGUCAGCGCCAUGACGAGCUGCUUAAUGCCAUAGCUGGUAGGGGUGGGUUGGGAGCGAGUUGGAUUCCGGAAGAUCCAGCUGUCGUAACCGAUCGCAUACUCAGCAGACUCUGGUUUCCAAGAAUCAACGACAGAUAUGAAGAUAUCCUUCCAGCACAUGAGAAAACCUUUGAGUGGAUAUUCUCAAAAGAUCUCCAGCUGCAGUCUAGCUCUACCUUCCUUGAAUGGAUAGAGAACGGCACGGGAAUGUAUUGGAUGAGCGGAAGAGCUGGUAGCGGCAAAAGCACUCUGAUCAAGUAUAUGGCUGAUGAUCCACGGACCGAGAAGCUGCUUCGAGACUGGGCCCAUGAACAACCUCUGGUGUUAGCAAAAUACUUGUUCUGGGACCAGAGCUCUGAUGUUUUGCAAAAGUCUCUCGAUGGGCUUUACCGGGGUAUUCUGCACGAGAUCAUCAAACGGGAACGUUCUUUUGCCUCACUGCUGUUUCCGGAUCAAUUCAAACAGGAACACGGUUGUUCAGGGCCCUUCCCAACCUCAAACGAGUUAAAAAGAGCGUUCAAACAUCUUGUCUCUCUCGAGACAUCGCCGACUCGAGUAGCUCUCCUGAUAGACGGUCUGGACGAGUAUAGCGCUCCUCAUGAUGAGCAACACGAACUUGCCCAGAAUCUCAAAAAGGCGGCCUGUUCUAAGCACAUGAAGAUCAUUGCAUCAAGUCGGCCAGAAACCGUGUUCGAGAAAGCCUUUGCAGAUUGCGAAAAGCUCUAUUUACACGACAUGACGAAUCGAGAUCGAACACUUUUUGUUACCGAUAAGUUGUACGAGCACCAAAGGACAUCCUAUCUGGUAAACUUUUCCGGGGGCAAAACGACAAUCGAUUACUUGAUAUUGUCUGCUGUUGAGAGAUCAGAGGGCAUCUUCCUGUGGUUGCGACUGGUUGUUAAGGCUCUUGUUAAAGAAUUGGAUGUUUGCGAGUCUAUUGUGGACCUCCAGUCUAUUCUCCUCCAAUUUCCACGGGGCCUGGAAAGACUCUUCCUUCACAUGAUGGGGCGCAUGUCGAAGGAACACGAAAGACGCGGCUUCGAAUGUCUGUGGCUCAUGCAGCGAUCGACAAGCAUGAGGUACAAGCAGUCUCCAUACCGGUUCCGCAAACGAGAUUCGCUGCAGAUGGAUUUCAACUACUCGUUCAGGCUUACAGCCCUCUGCAUGGAUGGUGCGCAAAUGCAACUUGGUACGGUUUUGAACACCAGUAUUGGUCCGCUAAGCUCCAUGGCCUUCGAUGACACCGUUAAGAAAGUCGAGAAUAGACUCCGAACUUGGUGCGCCGGAUUGCUGGAGCUAAAACCCCCGUCUUCCUCGGAAAGCAGUGGCGGAAUUUCUGAAGCUACCAUCAACUUCUUCCGAACUAGAAAGUGA